CAGACGGAUGCCGUUCAUUACUCUUUUAUAUCUAGGGAGGAGACUGAGGGGUAGAGGCACCAAAACCCUAGAACGCAUCUACACGCCGCAGCAGAGAGAGAUCUCUUCUGCAAUGUUAUAGCCCCAUUGCAGCUCCGACGGAGGAGGGAGGUAACUAAAGAUGGAGGAUGAGGAAGUAUCAUUGUUUUUGGUUGCGACUUUUGUUGGUGGGCCAUAUUGGGCUGCAAUUUAUGAAAUCAAAUUUGGAGGAGGAGGAGGAGGAGGAGGAGGAGGAGGAGGAGGAGGAUCUAAAAUUGCAAGAGUUAGUCCUCUGCACAAAGCGUUUAAAAGCUGCUUAGAGAAAGAUAGACCAUAUUCACCGGUUGGUUGUGAUAUCUCAGGAUCGCACAUGUGCUUGAUGUAUUCAUAUUGGCUCAUUAAGGAGGAGGAAUAUAAUCAGUAUCGACCCCUUCUUUUUGAUACAAUUACCAAAAAGAUUUCUGAUUUGCAUUGGCCAAAUGCAUCAAAACCUUUUCCCAAGGUGAUGGCUGUCCGUGGAAGUUUUUUUGCGCUUGCUGGAGGUACCAUGGUUUCUCCACGCCUCCGCAUCAAGCCUCCCCAUUUCGAACAUUUGGGGGAUGAAGGGUGGAGUUGUUCUUCCCUACCUGAGACUCGCUCCUGGGAAGGAUCAGCCAAGACUGUCUCUGGUUAUGCCGUCAUCAAUGACUGUGUUCUCAUUUCAGUUUAUGAUUUUAUUUCCAUUAUUCCCAUAACUGAAUUCUAUUGUUACAAAGUCGGGAGUUCAAUGAAGGAGUGGCAGGUCGUCAAAAAGGCAGACAAGAUAAAGAAACACAGGGCCUUCAGUGGAAAGGCUGAAUAUGUUGAGGAUUGCAUAUACGCUUUCGGAUUUUAUGAUAACUUAUUUGCUUGUCGUGUCAUAUUUUCUGAUGAAGGUGAUGGUGUCAUUAAAUCUCUUGGCGUUCCUAAGGAAAUUACCGGACUGCACUUUGAAACUCUACCAUUGGAUUAUGAGAUGUCAAUUUCGGAGAAUUGCUUAGUUCAUUUGGGAGGGAGAAUAUUUUGUAUGAUGAAGACUGGUUUCCAUGUUCAGCCCUCCAACUUUCAAUGUGUUUCCAUCUUGAUCGUCAAAGUUUCUCAUGAGAUGAAGCUUUCAAUUUUGUAUUCAAAUAUUUGCGCCUUGGAUAUAGAGAACCUCGGUCCGGCAAAUUUAACAUCACUUUGUGUGGACUUCCGGUCGAGUAAAUAUGGCUCGAAGACUGAUUUCUGGACAAGAGGUCCUAAGAUUCUGUCUGAGCAGUUUGAGGAUCCCAAUCCACCAAUGCCAGAACCUGAGGCUGAAUCAGUGGAUUAUUUCCUGCAAUCGCUGGGCCUUCAAAAAUAUUCAAUGUCAUUCAAAAAUAAGCAAAUUGGUAUGGCUGCCCUUGGACACAUGACUAAUGAGGAACUCAUGGCUUUAGGAUUACCAAUGGGUCCAAGAAGGAAGAUACUUGCGGCAUUAAAUUCUAAACUUGGACAUUUGGGAGUUGACUAGGUUCCUUUGCUUGUUCGCGUGGAGGUCAAUGUUUGGACUAACAUCUUGCAAUUCAUCCGGCCUGUGUUUUAACUCGUGUGACCUUGCUUUAACUUUUUGGGAUUAAUAUAUUUGUUUAUAUUGUUGGAAGUGGCUUCAGUAAGGUUAUCAUUUCUGUUGAACCUUUAGAAGAUUGAUAGCAUCUUUUUGGAGUCAUUUGAUGUUCAACUUUGGUAAUGUCUGCCCAUCCCUCUCCAUUGUCUUUUCUAGUAUAUUGAUUUUAUGUUUAUUGAUAAAUGAAUUUGUAUUCUGCCA